GUUUUAAUCUUCUUCUCUCACUUUACCCUAACACCCUCAAACCCUCCAGUGCCCAAGAAUCUCACUCUUCUCCUCCUCCUCUCAGAGAACAAUAAAACCAGACUGCGCUCCGUAACGGCUGCAAUCCCAGCCGCUGCCGCCAGCGCAACCACAACCACUGUCAUCGUCGCUCUCCCAAGGUCAAUCGUCUCCCUCCUCCUCCGUCUACUUUCGCCACUGCUCCGAGAUCGGUUUCACUGAUCGGAGCAUUUUUCUGGUUUCUCUCGUCGCCUGUCGACUACGGCCUUGUGGCGGCUGAGGUGCGCGCUUGUAUUUCUUCUCUUCUUGCGAUUACAUCUCAAGUUUGUGUGUAUUCGUUUUCUGGCAGGUCGGAGAGGUUUUGAUUUUGUAGCGCCAUGUCGAAUUUUGCCAAGCCGGAGAACGCGCUUAAGCGCGCUGAAGAGCUGAUAGCUGUUGGACAGAAGCAAGAGGCUCUCCAGACGCUUCACAACCUGAUAACCUCGAAGAGGUACCGAGCAUGGCAGAAGACACUUGAGCGGAUCAUGUUUAAAUAUGUUGAGCUGUGCGUCGAGAUGAGAAGAGGGCGAUUUGCCAAGGAUGGGCUGAUACAGUAUCGCAUAGUGUGUCAACAAGUGAAUGUGAACUCGUUGGAGGAGGUAAUCAAGCACUUUAUGCAUCUCUCCACGGAGAAAGCUGAACAGGCUCGAACUCAAGCACAAGCACUGGAGGAAGCUCUCGAUGUUGAUGAUCUCGAAGCUGAUAAAAGACCGGAAGAUCUGAUGCUUAGCUAUGUCAGUGGGGAAAAGGGGAAGGACAGGUCUGACCGUGAGCUUGUUACCCCUUGGUUCAAGUUCUUGUGGGAGACCUAUAGAACUGUGCUGGAAAUUUUGAGGAACAACUCAAAAUUGGAGGCAUUAUAUGCGAUGACAGCACAUCGUGCAUUUCAAUUCUGCAAACAAUACAAGCGAACAACCGAGUUUAGACGUCUGUGUGAAAUUAUCAGAAACCAUCUUGCCAACCUCAACAAGUAUAGAGAUCAAAGGGACCGACCUGAUCUGACAGCUCCUGAAAGCUUGCAGAUGUAUCUCGAUACAAGAUUUGAACAGCUUAAGGCUGCCACUGAGCUUGGGCUCUGGCAGGAAGCGUUUCGUUCUGUUGAAGAUAUUCAUGGCUUGAUGUGCAUGGUGAAGAAGACACCCAAGGCAUCCUUGUUGGUUGUCUACUAUGCUAAGCUGAUUGAGGUCUUUUGGAUCUCGUCGAGCUAUCUCUAUCAUGCUUAUGCCUGGUUCAAGCUUUUCAGCCUUCAGAAGAGUUUCAACAAGAACUUAAGCCAGAGGGAUCUGCAGUUGGUUGCUUCAGCUGUUGUCUUGGCGGCUUUAGCAGUGCCUCCAUAUGAUACUCGUCGUGCCUCUCAUGUGGAACUUGAAAAUGAGAAGGAGCGUAAUUUGAGGAUGUCAAAUCUCAUUGGAUUCAAUCUGGAUCCCAAAGCUGAGAGCAGAGAAGUGCUUUCAAGGGCAGCUCUCCUCUCCGAACUGGUGUCCAAGGGUGUGCUGAGCUGUGCGACUCAAGAAGUGAAGGAUAUUUACCAUCUUCUAGAGCAUGAGUUCCUUCCAGUCGAUCUUGGUGCAAAGGUGCAGCCUUUGCUUUCCAAAAUCUCUAAACUUGGGGGAAAGCUUGCUACAAUAUCUUCUCUGCAAGAGGUUCAGCUAUCCCAAUAUAUCCCUGCCCUCGAAAAGCUUGCUACUCUCAGGUUGCUCCGACAGGUCUCUCAGGUGUACAGCACAAUGAGGAUCGAGAGUUUAUCUCGUAUGAUCCCCUUCUUUGGGUUUGCUGUUGUGGAGAGAAUUUCUGUUGAUGCAGUUAAACACAAGUUCAUCGCUAUGAAAGUGAAUCAUAUGAAGAGUGUUGUAAUGUUUGGAGAUGCGCUCCUUGAAUCUGAUGGCCUCCAAAACCAUUUGGCUUUGUUUGCCGAAUCCCUGAACAAAGCGAGGUCCAUGAUAUAUCCUCCUGCGAAGAAAUCAUCAAAGCUAAGUGACAUUUUACCUGCACUCGGGGAGACUGUCGACAAGGAACACAAGAGACUUCUUGCUAGGAAGUCUAUAAUAGAGAAAAGAAAGGAAGAACAAGAACGGCAGCUUCUCGAAAUGGAACGAGAGCAAGAGUCGAAAAGAUUGUCUGAACAGAAGAGAACAGAGGAGCAGGAGCAAAAGAGGCUCGCGGCAGAGUACGAACGCCUCAAGAACCAGAGGAUCCUUCGGGAGAUUGAGGAGCGCGAACUUGAAGAGGCGCAGGCAUUUCUCGAGGAAACUGAGAAGCGUAGCAAGAAGAAGGGCAAGAAAGCUGUUGUAGAAGGAGAAAAGGUGACGAAGCAAUCCUUGAUGGAAAGGGCUCUGAACGAGCAGCUUAGGGAGAGGCAGGAAAUGGAAAAGAAACUGCAGAAGCUGGCUAAGACAAUGGAUCAUCUGGAGCGGGCUAAGAGAGAAGAAGCAGCUCCAUUGAUUGAGGCUGCCUUCCAGCAACGCCUCGUCGAAGAGAAGGCCCUACAUGAACGCGAACAACAGCUGGAGGUUGAACUGAGCAGGCAGCGCCAUGAUGGAGACCUCAAGGAGAAGAACAGGCUUAUCCGCAUGAUGGAUAAUAAAACGAUUUUCCAGGAGAGAGUCAUUGCCCGUCGGCAAGCAGAGUUUGACCAAAGGCAAGCAGCAAGGGAAGCGAGGAUCAAUCAAAUAAUUCAGACAAGGAGACAUGAGAGGGAGAUUCAAAGGAAGAAGAUAUUAUAUAUCAAGACUGAGCAGGAGAGGCUCGCUAGACUCAAGGAGGAAGAGGAAGCUCGUAAGAACGAAGAGGCUGAGAGGCGAAAGAAGGAAGAAGCUGAGCGCAAGGCAAAGCUGGACGAGCUAGCGGAGAAGCAAAGGCAAAGGGAUAGAGAGCUGGAAGAAAAAGAGAGAUUGAGGAGAGAAGCUCUAUUGGGCCCCAGGCCUCCCGCCAUUGCCGCUGAGGUCCCAGCUGCUGCUGCUGCUGCUGCUGCUCCUGCUGCAGCGGCUGCUCCAGCUGCUGGUGGAGGUGCUGCUGCACCACAGAAAUACGUCCCGAAGUUCCGUCGUGGAGGUGGUGGUGAGAAUCCCCCCGCAGCCAGACAGCAGGCUCCUCCGCCAGAGGCGGAGCGCUGGAGCAGUGGUGGUGGAAGCAGAGCUAGGCCUGGGGCUCUGUCGGAGACGACUGACCGCUGGACCCCUGGUGGCUCUAGGCAGGAUCCAGACCGACGUGGCAGCGGUGGCGGCCCAACAGACACCUGGCGCCGUGGCGGUGGUGGAAGCAGCAGCAGCGGAGGCGGUAGUAGUGCUUCGGGGUCCGGCACUUGGUCAUCUUCUAGGCGCUAAGGUUGAAAGCCAUUGAUGCAUCAUCCUCUGCUGGUGUUUUUCUGCGGAACUCGAAAGUGAUUUUGUCGCUGCGUACUGAAAGGAAGUAAUAACUUGCGCUGCUUUUGUUUUCUGUUCUAAAGUUUUAAGGGACUUGUUGCCAAAUAGCCGAAGAUCUGGCGGUUUCUGUUUAAAUGUUGAUGUUUUUCGUUCAAUUAAAAUGGCAAUGGUGAAGUGAAUGCACUAGUAUUGGAACCUCGUCAACUUUUUGUCGCUUAUAUUUGAACUUGUUACCAUUUUUUGUUCUUUUAACCUUCAGAGUUAACAGAGUAGUUUGAAAAUAAUUAGAAAAUGUAUGAUCCAGCUUAGCCCUCCUCCCAAAUGAGAAAUUUGGACCAAUAAUAAAGUAACAAGUAAAUA